UAUCUACAAAUUAAACGUCUCUCUCUGCCUUUGCUCCCUCGCUUUUUUUUUCCCCAAGCUAAUUCUCUCUUCCUUUGUUUUUUGUUUCUUAACUCGCAAUUUACACCAGCCGCCUGGUUAAGCAUCGAAGCACAGGCCUGCCAAGCCUGAGAGAGGGAUAUAACAUCACCCUUGACCUUCCGUAACAUCACCCUUGACCUUCCGUUUUUCUUGCAAGAUUUUGUUGUCAUUGACUACAGUUGAUUAUACCUACGAACGUUGUCGGUGACCAGUACAUACCCAAAUUAAGAUCUGAGAAAUUUUGCAGAUCUCUGAAAUUCUUUGGCUGUUUUCUUUAUCUGGGUUUUUGUUAAAUCUGUGAAGCAUUCAUGGGUUGGAGAUAUAAAGCUGGUUUGUUCUUGAUAGCUGCUGUUGUUAUUAUAUGGGUCACCUCUGCUGAAGUUACCCAGGAUAUCUUUGCAGAUUAUAAGCAACCAUUUGCAGUGACAUAUCUUGGAGCUUCUCUUAUGGUGGUUUACCUCCCAUUGGCAUUCCUUAAAGACUGGAUAUGUAAUCUGCUAAACCGACGGACUUCUAAAAGUGGUAAUGAUGCAGCCAACAUAAAUGGGUCAUCCGAUGAAUUUAGCUCUCCUUUAAGUCACAAAAUCUUUGAACUGGAACUUCAGGGAACUUUGACGAAAAAAGGCAGUGAACUGGACCUUACAUCUUCAGAAGAAGGAAGGCCUUUAGUUUCUAGACACAAGGAUGAUUUGAAUGUUCUGAAACAUGAAAAAGAGCUCACAGCCAGAGAAAUUGCUAUGUGUGGUUUUUAUAUUGCCCCUAUCUGGUUUGUAACAGAGUACCUAUCAAAUGCUGCACUAGCACGAACGAGUGUUGCGAGUACUACAGUUUUGUCAUCAACUUCUGGACUUUUUACUCUUUUCAUUGGUGCAUUUUUGGGUCAAGAUUCUUUAAAUGCAGCAAAGGUGAUAGCUGUCAUGGUGAGCAUGGCUGGUGUUGCCAUGACUACUUUGGGAAAAACGUGGGCUGCUGAUGACUCACAACUAAGUGCUUCUGUAAAUGGCAAACGCUCUCUUGUUGGGGAUCUUUUUGGGCUUCUCUCAGCCAUGUCAUACGGACUAUUUACAGUUCUUCUUAAAAAGUUUGCUGGAGAAGAAGGAGAAAGGGUUGAUGUGCAAAAGUUGUUCGGAUAUAUAGGAUUGUUUACUCUAGUAGCUCUGUGGUGGCUUGUUUGGCCAUUGACAGCCUUGGGAAUUGAACCCAAGUUUACAAUCCCUCACUCUGCUAAACUGGAUGAAAUAGUUCUUGCCAACGGCUUUGUUGGAAGUGUCCUCUCUGACUACUUUUGGGCAUUAUGUGUUGUAUGGACAACUCCAUUGGUGGCCACCUUGGGCAUGUCCCUCACCAUCCCUCUUGCUAUGCUAGCUGAUAUGGUGAUUCAUGGCCGUCAUUAUUCAGCAAUUUACAUCCUUGGUUCUGUUCAGGUUUUUGCUGGGUUCGUGAUAGCUAAUCUUUCUAAUUGGUUCUCGAAAAAGUUAGGGUUAUAGCAUUCAGUGAAAUCAUGGCCUAAAGCAAUCCUGCUUUUUUCUCAGGGCCUUUCUUCUCCAGUUUGAUUUGAUCCUCGAUAUGUGUUGUUGUUACACAAAUGUACCGUCAUCACAAGUGUAAAUGUAAACCACAGGUUUUGUAUUUUGGGAUGAUCAUGCCUGUUGGAGGGAGGUGCCCUAAUUGUAAAACACAUUUUUGUUCGAAGGAAAAAAUAUUAUCUGUUUUUUUUUU